UCGAGGUGAAAGUGCAAGCUGCCAUUUUUUUCCCCCACUAAUAUCUUUUCAUGAGUUCAGGUCCACAGAGCUAUAGUCUGACUUUUACCGUCAACCAUUUAUAGUUUUCCUCCAAACGCCGGGCUGUGAGAUGUACUAAAGAGGAAUCUUUCGGGAGUUUAGUUCCAGCGGGACCGGCUCGAUGUGCAGGGGAGCUGCACUCCCUCGCUAGAAACGUUAGCAGGUGUUGUAAACAAACAACGAGGAAACUAAUCUGCUCAGUAUUAACAUCGGUUAAUAGCUGCGACGACCAGAUAUGAUCCUGCAUAUUUGUUAAACUUCAGAUUGUAUGACGUUGCGGGUGUGAGGGGAAGCAGAGACACACACGCACACACGCACACACACACACACACACGCACACACACAGGCAUGUCGUCCUUCUCCGAGUCAGCCCUGGAGAAGAAGCUGUCGGAGCUGAGCAGCUCUCAGCAGAGCGUCCAGACUCUGUCCCUGUGGAUCAUCCACCACCGCAAACACUCGGGCCUCAUCGUCAAAGUCUGGCACCGCGAACUGAAGAAAGCUAAAAGCAACAGGAAGCUGACAUUCCUAUAUCUUGCGAAUGAUGUAAUCCAGAACAGCAAGAAGAAAGGACCAGAAUUCACCAAAGACUUCGAGUCCGUACUUGUGGAUGCCUGUUCUCAUGUCGCCAGUGAAGCAGACGAUGGCUGUAAAAAGCACAUGGAGAGACUGCUGAACAUCUGGAAAGAGAGGAGCCUCUACAGAGCCGACUUCAUUCAGCAGCUCAAACUGGCCAUAGAAGACUCCAACAGCCCCCGGCCCUCAGAGGAAAAGAAACCUAUAAAACGAAGCUAUCAGAAGAUCCAGGAAGAUGAAGACGAUGAAGACAACGACUACAGAAGCCACAUCUCUCCACGAAGUGCGGACAGCUCUGCGACUCAUCUGACUGAGGAGCUGGUGAAAGCUUUACAGGACUUGGAGAAUGCUGCAUCAGGAGACGCAGCCGUUCGUCAGAAGAUUGCCUCCCUACCGCAAGAAGUCCAGGAUGUUUCUCUGCUGGAGAAAAUCACUGACAAGGAAGCAGCAGACAAAUUGUCCAAAACGGUGGAUGAAGCCUGCUUGCUGCUGGCGGAGUACAACGGGCGACUGGCCGCAGAGCUGGAGGACCGCAGGCAGCUGGCCCGCAUGUUGACCGAGUACAUCACCAGUCAAAAGGAGGCGCUCACGGAGAGAGAGAGAAAACUGGAGGAAUAUAAGCAGAAACUGGCGCGGGUAACUCAGGUGAGAAAGGAGCUCAAGUCUCACAUCCAGAGCCUCCCUGAUCUGUCCCUUCUACCCAACGUGACCGGGGGUCUCGCCCCGCUUCCCUCAGCCGGCGACCUCUUCUCCACUGAUUGAUAGCUCCUCGCCCAGGCAAACUAUGACUAUUCCCCUCCCCGGCAAAAACUCUGUCCCAUGUUUGAUUCACAUACUCCUAGCUGCGCGUCCAGCCCAAGAGUACACGUGGAUGAACCUCUCAGAGAAGAGUUGCCAGCACGCCUGCUCACACGAACCUGCAGGGCGCGGAGGAGGAAGGGACUAACCAGGAGGUUUUUGGUGAAAUCAAAACUCCCUCCGGAGAUGAACUGAGACUGUGUCGCCUGGGUUGAUCUUUACAGAUUCUAGUCCACCAGCUUGCAAGUUUGUUUCCCUAAUUGUUUGAUUUUAUUUCGUUUUACUUUACUUUAUGUGCUGGGAAAAAGCAUGUCAAUUAAAGUGUCCCCCUGUGUGAUAUAUUUUUCAAUUCAGGUGGGCCUUUGUGCUCUUUCUUUUUAUUUAGCUGAUGGCAACACUGUGAAGAGGAUGUACCAUUCAUUAGCUAAUUUUUUGUUUUGUUUUGUCUUUCACUUGGUAGCUUUUUAAUGACACAUGUACAAAUAGGAUAUUUUUUAUGUGUGUACAGUUGGAGAAGCUGUCAGAUCAGGUUCAGUGUUGGUUUGCUUUUUGUUUCUUUUGUCAGCUGUUACACAAAACCCUUAUUUCACUCACAGUUUGUAGACUGAUUAUAGCACAUCUUUUUUUAAGUCGAGAGACAUUCUCUGGUAUUGUGUUCCUAUCUGUAAACCGCUCCCCAAAUUUUAGAUGGCAAAAAGUCCUCGAGCGUAUCGGUUCUCAGGCUGUACUUCGGACCGAUGCCGGCAAUAUUAUAAGAUUAAUUAUGUUCGUCAGUUUGUUCAAAGUGUGAGUUUGUUCAAAACAGAUCCAGGACAUUUGAAUAUGUAACGGAAAGUUUCCUUUCAAAGAAAUUGUUAGAUUUGUACUUUUCUGGAUAAAAAAAAAAAAAUACAAUGUGUUCUGAAAAGGAAAAUGGUGAAGAAAACUACAAUUAUUGUUAUUUAGAGAACAAUAAGAGAAAAAAGAAACAUUAAAUAGUCAGGCCAGGACAUGACUUCCCUCUGAACAAAGAAAACUGACCUUUUAUCAAAGACCAUAACUAGAUAUGCUACUACAUUUAUUAAAGCUUUAAGAAGCAAAUGAUGGUUACUGCCAUUGGUAAGAACAGCAUUUUCAUAAGAGAAAUGAAGUAGCUGCGACUUAACCUGCUGAGGUGAGAAAAGACUUCUCCACAUCCUGAUAAAUACAUUUACAUUGGUCUCUUCUGGCUGUUUAAAUACCCCAAAUAUUUCAAACAGGAGUGAUUAAAGUUGUUUAAAGAAGAGGUGUAGAUCUGGAGUUAUCACUGAGGUCACCAAUCCAAUGUUUGACCUUUCAACUGCUGUACACCGGUAACGAUUUCAGUAACAUUUUAACUCUGACAUACUUGUUUAUAUUUUAUAGGUAUUUUCUUAUCAGCUGGCUGUGUGGUAUGUGCUUCUUUCUGUACUACCAGAGCGCUACAGGUAGGGGUAGUGUUUUUCUGAGAAAAUACAAAAAAAUAAAAAGGGGUUCAAUGAGUGACAAUAAACCUGAACCACUGGAACAAAUGAAA